UUUCGUGCUCCAUGUGUCUUGGCUUUUAUAGUUUGAACAUUCUAUGAACUGCUAGAUUUCAGCUUUAAUUUGAUGGUCUUUUUUUGCGAUGGACCAAGAAUAUUUGAUGCCGCUGCAAUGAUGGAAUUUACAUUGUCUCCUUGGGAUCUGAUAAUGUUUUGGGUGUAGGCCUUGGAACACACCAUUUAACGCUUAUAAUUCCUCUCUUCCAAAAUAAAUAAGUUGAAUUAAUGUUUUUAUUAAUGACUAUUGAUUAAUCUAUAUAUUACUGAAUGGAGGAAGGAUCACAGAGUAAUUUGAAAAAAUAGAGGUGAAAAACGUAGCAGAGAAGUCUUGGAACAACUAAUGUGCCAGUAAAAGGUCUUGUAUUCCUUUAGUUCUAACAAGGAGAUUUUUCAUCUCAACUGGAGUCUUGAAAUAGAUAUUUAAAAUGUAAAUACAGUAUUACUUCUAUCUAUGUUAAUUGGUUUCUUUUCUAUGGUUUUAGUAAACAAAGAAUUGUUAAUUAAUGGAACAUGAAAAAAUAAAAUACCCUGGAAAUGAAAUUUAAGGUCAUAAUUUUGUGGGAAGAAGAGUAUACAUUAUGUUGAUGUUUGGUGCAUUAUGUCUGAGUCAUAGCACUUGACAUGUACGCCUUGAAUCUUUAGUGAAAUCAAGCACUUGACAUGUAGAUAAGCCAAAUCAAGCAUCAUAUCUGGCUGUCCAAAUUCUAAAGCAUACUUCUAGCUGCUUAACCUUGGCUGGUGAGGAGUAGAUUGUUUUCAAACUUGGCAUGCUGUAUGCUUUUAGACUUUUCUUAGGUGUGCUCUUUCUAAUUUAUAUCAGGUUGUCGCUCUUAUAAUUGAAUCCAAGUGUGCAGAGAACACACCAUGGUUAGAUUGAUUACUGAAGUAAAGAAAAAUACACAGAUGAAAAUUGUCUAUGACCAUGAAAUUAGAGUUUGUAGUUCCAGUUCAUUAUUAGAGUUAGGGUACCUCUUAGGUAGAGCUCUCAUAAAAAAUAAAUAAAUAAAAUUUGCAAGUGAGAUAGUGGAUUUUUGUUUUUUUUAUACUAUCCAUAUACCCCAACCCCUAGUAUCUCCUCCAGUUCACUCCUUAUUUUUCUCUAAUAUAUUUUGUUUCUAAAAGUAAUGGUCUUGAUGUUUUGUUGUUUGUAUUGUUAGUGUCAUAUCAAUUACUUGAAAAAAAUAUUUGAGGCCAAGAUGAUAGUUUUGUGUCCUUAGCAAAAUGGAGGAUCUUGAAUAGACUGCAUGAUAGGAAUGAGACUUUAUAUUUAUACUACCGAGUAAGUUUGGUGGCAAUUAUUAGCUCGUAAACAACAAGUGAUUUAAGAAUUAAUUAUAAUUUCUCUUUAGCUAGAGAGAAAUAAUUUGAAGCAAUGCUGUAUUGCUGUUGCUUUUCUCUCCAUGUCCUUGCUGAUAACAUAGAAGAUUUUGCUCCAAUAAUAUACACUCCUACAGUAGGAUUGGUUUGCCAAAACUAUUCAGGGUUGUUUAGACGCUCACAGGGAAUGUACUUCAGUGCAAAAGAUAAAGGAGAAAUGAUGUCCAUGAUCUAUAACUGGCCUGGUCAUCAGGUAUUUUGGAAAUCUAAAAUGCAUUAAUGCCCAGUUUUGUUCUCUUUUUUGCUUUUACCUUCAUCUUGGUGAUGCAUUAAGAGUGCUUUGUACUUGUACUGGAUCAGAUGGUAAACAAAGCAAGGUAUAAAAAUGUGUUCAGUGUAGCAAUGUUGUUUGCUGUGAAUAAUGAAUAUAUACAUUACAAAAUGAGCACUUUUGCUCGCUUAGAAAUGAAAAUUGGUUCAGCACUCCUUGCCACUUAAAGGUUAUGUUCAUCAUUGCAUUUGACAUAUCAUGGGUAUAUGGCUUCUUCUGUAUUACAGCUUGACAUGAUUGUCCUGACAGAUGGCAGUCGCAUUCUUGGUCUAGGUGAUCUUGGGGUCCAGGGAAUUGGAAUACCUACUGGAAAACUUGAUAUGUAUGUCGCUGCUGCUGGUAUCAACCCACAGAGAAUACUUCCAGUUAUGCUUGAUGUUGGUACCAACAAUCAAAAGCUUCUUGGAGACCGUCUUUAUAUUCACUUUACUGUGAUAGGCCUUGAAUACUGCAAUAUUCGAUGCCUCUCUCUCUCUCUCUCGCUCGCUCUCUUUUCACACACGCAGAGAGGAGAGAUUUGGGACUUCGGCAACCUUGUUUGGAAGGAAAGGAGUAUCUAUCAAUUGUUGAUGAAUUUAUGGAGGCAAUUCACACCUGUUGGCCCAAGGCUAUUGUGCAGUUUGAGGAUUUUCAAAUGAAGAGGGCUUUUGAAAGACUGCAACGGUAUCAAAAAAAGGUUCUGCAUAUUCAAUAAUGACAUGCAGGGAACUGCUGGUGUUGCAUUGGCAGGACUGCUUGGAACUGUAAGGGCACAAGAUCGACCAUUGACUGACCUUGUGAACCAAAAGAUAGUUGUAGUUGGAGCUGGAAG